AUGCCCCGCCUUACCCGCUGUGGCUACCAGCUAAACGGCCACCAGGGUGCCGGGUCAGCUGGGGGAGCUUGGGAGUUAGCGCCAAUCAGGUACCUAAAUCUAGGCCCGGGGGCCAACGGUUACGUCGUCUUCUGCCUUGACGUCGCCUGGUCGCCGCCUUGUGAUUCUGCCAGCUUCCAUACCGGUGAACAUUUGACGGUCGACGAGCACUUGUCCAUCUGCACUCGUCGUACACAGCUUCACAUCAGCGUUUUUGCCCACCACACAUCCCGCACUCUGCUCGCCGACGGCACCUUGUUUGGCACCAUGCGUAUCACGUUGAGCGUGAGCGACCCCGAUGCCACGGGCGAGGAGCAAGAUCUGCGUCUUGUGACGCUCGAGGUCUUCCCCGACAUGACGCUCGAAGCCCUGCGCAGCUCCAUCGAGGCCGAGGGUAUCCCGGCACCCGCCCAGAACAUCUACCACAACGGCCAGCUGAUCACAGACAACUCCAAGACCCUCCAGGACCUGUCCGUCACGGACGGCGACAUGCUUGCGCUACAUGUCCGCGACAUGCGGGGUAACACAGGUGUCUCCCAGGGCCAACAUGUCCAACAACAGCAGCAGGCGCCGCCGCAACGGAGCAACAGCGCCGCCAUGGCCCAGGACCCCGAGCUGAUCCGCCUGCAAGUCCUCGGCGACCCGCGACUGCGCGCCGAGCUCGAGCGUUCCAACCCCCCGCUCGCCGCCGCCGUUGACGACUCUCGCCGUUUUGGCCAGUUGUUCCGCGAGAGCGUGGAGCGCCAGGAAGAGGCCCGCCGGGCCAGGAUGCGUGAAAUAGAGCAGCUCAACGCCGACGAGUUUAAUCCGGAGGCCCAGGCUCGCAUCGAAGAAAUGAUCCGGCAGCAGGGUGUCAUGGACAACCUGCAAAAUGCCAUGGAGUAUAACCCCGAGUCAUUCGGUCGCGUGCACAUGUUAUACGUCGACGUCAAGGUCAAUGGUGUCAAGGUGAAGGCUUUGGUGGACUCCGGUGCCCAAGCGACUAUCAUGUCCCCCUCCUGUGCCGAGGCAUGCCACAUCAUGCACCUCGUCGAUCGCCGCUUUGCUGGUGUGGCCCGUGGCGUAGGCACCGCCAACAUCAUUGGUCGGGUUCACUACACGAUGCUCCAGGUCGGUUCUAGACACAUCCCGGCUGCAUUUACCGUUAUGGAGGGAAAAUCGGUUGACCUCCUGCUCGGCCUGGAUAUUCUCAAGGGCCACCAAGCCACCAUCGACCUGGCCAAGAACAAGCUGAUCAUCCAAGGCGAGGAGGUAGACUUCCUGGGAGAAGCCGAUGUACCCAAGGAGACUGAAGAUGCAGUAAAUCAGGAGCCCACAGUUCAGGGGCCGGGCGGCACCACCAUCGGCGCACGAUCAGGAGCAGUUAUGGCGCCCUCCUCAUCGUCUGGUCCCACUGCCGGAGCCCCCAACACUGCACCGGCCUCUAACCCAACUCCUGUCACUGCACCGAAUCCUUCGCCCGUACCUACGAGACCAGCAGCACCGCCCAGUGCUGGCGCUCCUCGGGUGCCCGCGCAGCCUUCGGCCAGCAGAUUUGCUGACGCAGAUAUCCAGAAUCUGACCUCGCUAGGAGUGACUCGGCAGCAAGCUAUUGAGGCGUUGGAAGCUACUAACGGCGACGUCGAGUUUGCGGCCAGUCUUCUGUUCUCGCGCAUGUGA